AGGUUUAAAGAAGCCACCUCAAAGUCUGACCGCAACAUCCUGACAAACUGAAUUCGUCUCCAAGUUUAACUGUUUAAGAGUACAGUGCACAAUUCAACAAGUCUAUCUAUCAUCCAGAUUCAUUCAACAGCAGAAUUAUUUCACUAGAUUGUAACCCUGUAUUGACUGAUUCUCAUCGUAUAUGAUACCCCCUUUGCCAAGCAACUACAAAUGUCGUCAAAUCUCCAAACUAUGCUCAUCAACCAUCACCGGACCGUGCGGUGGCGUAAAUGGAACCGGGCUGUCGCCGUCGUCUCUGUAUUCGCCGUCUUGUUGGUGUUGGGCCUCUCACUUUUCUUAAUUUUACGAAACAAUACCAGGCGUCCCGCACUUUCGACAAGUGACACGCCUAGUGAUUUGGUCCCACUUACGUUGCUCCGCAAUGCCAACCUCACUGGAGCCUUUUGCUUGGAUGGGAGUUUUCCGGGAUAUCAUUUUCAAAAGGGUUUUGGAUCUGGCUCACGUAACUGGCUUCUUCAUCUUCAGGGUGGAGCUUGGUGCAAUUCAAUAGCGUCGUGUUCUGAGAGGAAGGCCACCAAUCUUGGUUCUUCAAAGUACAUGGAACAGGAAGUUAAUUUUCCUGGAAUUUUAAGCUCUGACCCAUCCCAAAAUCCUGAUUUUUUUAGCUGGAACAAAGUCGUGAUACGUUAUUGUGAUGGUGCAUCCUUUGCUGGUCGCCCGGAGAGUGAGUUUGAUAAUAGUACACAACUUUUCUUCCGCGGUCAAUUAAUCUGGGAAGCAGCCACAGACGAACUCCUUUCACUAGGAAUGUCGAACGCUAGACAGGCUCUUCUGACAGGAUGCUCGGCUGGAGGUUUGGCAACUCUCAUUCACUGUGAUGAUUUUCGCGAUAUCUUGCCCAAGAAUGCCAAAGUCAAGUGUCUUUCGGAUGCAGGCUUUUUCCUCAAUGAAAAUGAUAUUGCUGGAAACCACACCAUUGAGUCAUUUUUUCAUGAUGUUGUUGAACUUCAGGGUGUGUCAAAAAGUUUGAAUAAGGAUUGUGUUGCAAAAAAGGAUCCGUUGAAGCAAAAUCAGUGUUUCUUUCCUCAAGAAUUCACAAGUAGCAUCACGACACCAGUUUUCCUUGUCAAUUCAGCUUAUGAUUCUUGGCAGAUACCGAACAUAUUAGUGCCACUUUCAUCAGAUUUAGGUGGAGAUUGGUCCAAGUGCAGGCUUAAUAUCCACAGCUGCAGUCCCAGACAAAUUGGAAUCCUACAAGGUUUCCGAAAUUCAUUAUUGAAGGCACUGAGUGACUUUCUACAAAUUAAUGGAGGAGUGUUCAUAAAUUCAUGCUUUGUCCAUUGCCAGACAUUGGCUGAGACAUGGCAUGGUCCUGCUGCUCCAAAAAUUAACAACAAGAGUAUUGCAGAAUCUGUAGGCGACUGGUACUUCAAUGAUAAAAUAGUGCAACAAAUCGACUGCCCUUAUCCUUGCAAUCCUACUUGUGACAGAGUCUCAUAAGUGAACAUUCAGUUGCCUACUGGUUUUUAUGAAGUUUUAUCCCUCGAUGUAUCCUAAUAUCGGGUGGAAAAUCAUCAUUUUAAAGAAGCUGAAAUAUUUCGUGUAAGCAAAUAUUUGUUAUUCUGGCAGUAAUUCAAGUGAUUUUGUUUGUGA